AACUUCUACCACCAAACCAAACCUCACCCCCUUUCUUCUUCUUCUUCUUCCUUCAUAUCCUUCUUUCUUAACUUUCUAGUCUCAACAUAGCUAUUUCAAGUUAAGUUAGUACCAUCACAUACAUAUUUGGUUGGUUUUAGAGAUGGGUAACGCAGACUAUGCAAACCCAGUGGCUAUUCCACCCCCUCAGUCAUUCUUCAAGUCUCUCAAGUACUCCUUGAAAGAGACCUUUUUCCCAGAUGACCCCUUUAGGAAGUUCAAGAACCAAACACCCUCUGUCAAGUUCGUCCUUGGACUUCAGUACUUCUUCCCCAUCUUUGAAUGGGCACCCAAAUACACCCUCCAGUUCUUGAAAUCAGACCUCAUAUCUGGCAUCACCAUUGCCAGUUUGGCCAUUCCUCAAGGCAUCAGCUACGCCAAGCUCGCCAACCUCCCUCCAAUUCUUGGACUUUAUUCGAGCUUCAUACCCCCACUGAUUUAUGCUAUGAUGGGAAGCUCAAGGGAUUUGGCAGUGGGAACUGUGGCGGUUGGAUCACUUCUGAUGGCUUCUAUGUUGGGUCGAGUGGUGAACUACAUCGAGAAUCCAAACCUUUAUCUCCAUCUAGCUUUCACUGCUACAUUCUUUGCUGGAAUUUUGCAGGCAUCACUGGGCCUCUUCAGGUUAGGGUUUAUCGUGGAUUUUCUGUCACAUGCAACCAUAGUAGGGUUCAUGGGGGGAGCAGCCACAGUGGUUUGUCUGCAACAGCUAAAAUCCAUUCUUGGCCUUGAACAUUUUACUCACGAGGCUGAUAUAGUGUCAGUGAUGCGCUCUGUUUUCAGCCAAACUCACCAGUGGAGGUGGGAAAGCGCUGUGUUGGGUUGUUGCUUUAUUUUCUUUCUCCUUGUCACAAGAUACUUCAGCAAACGACAACCAAAGUUCUUCUGGGUGUCAGCAAUGGCACCAUUGGCAUCGGUCAUACUCGGAAGUCUGCUGGUUUAUCUCACACACGCUGAGAAACAUGGAGUUCAAGUGAUAGGAAAAUUGAAGAAGGGGCUGAAUCCACCUUCCGUGACGAAUUUGGUAUUGGUGUCACCUUACAUGGGAACUGCCAUAAAAACUGGACUUGUCACCGGCAUUAUAGCACUUGCGGAAGGAAUAGCAGUAGGCAGAAGCUUUGCAAUGUUUAAAAAUUAUCAUAUUGAUGGGAACAAAGAGAUGAUAGCUAUUGGAACCAUGAAUAUUUUUGGUUCGUUCACCUCUUGUUAUCUCACCACAGGACCUUUUUCACGUUCGGCUGUGAACUAUAAUGCGGGGUGCAAAACUGCUGCAUCAAACAUUGUGAUGGCAAUAGCAGUGAUGUUAACAUUGUUAUUCUUGACACCCUUGUUCCAUUUCACUCCCCUGGUGGUGUUAUCAGCCAUAAUUGUGUCAGCAAUGCUCGGGCUCAUUGAUUAUGAAGCAGCCAUUCAUUUGUGGAAAAUCGACAAAUUUGAUUUCUUUGUGUGCUUCAGUGCUUACGUUGGUGUAGUCUUUGGCAGUGUUGAAAUUGGCCUCGUCAUAGCAGUUGCUGUAUCUCUACUUCGAGUACUUCUCUUCAUUGCAAGGCCAAGAACAUUUCUCUUAGGCAACAUUCCAAACUCUACAGUAUACAGAAACGUGGAACAAUAUCCAAAUGCAAAUCAUGUUCCUGGAAUCCUAAUUCUUGAAAUUGAUGCACCCAUUUACUUUGCCAAUGCAAGCUAUUUAAGAGAAAGGAUCACAAGGUGGAUAGAUGAAGAGGAGGAUAGGAUAAAAGCUUCAGACCAAACCAGUUUACAGUAUGUUAUAAUUGAUAUGACUGCUGUUGGAAACAUUGAUACUAGCGGAAUAAGCAUGCUUGAAGAGUGCAAGAAAACUGUUGACAGAAGGGGGUUACAACUUGUUUUGGUAAAUCCUGGAAGCGAGGUGAUGAAGAAGCUGAACAAAUCCAAGUUCCUUGAUGAACUAGGGUAUAAAUGGGUGUAUCUGACAGUUGAAGAGGCUGUUGGUGCAUGCAAUUUCAUGCUCAACUCAUACAAACCGAACCCCAUGAAGGAUGAUUCAGAAGGUUGGAACAAUGCCUGAUAAAAGCAUUGUUUAGAUAUUAAGAGUAUGGCAUGAGAAUCAUGCUGCACAAGAUUUAGAGUCAUAGUUGCAUGGUUUUUAAAUUUCUCAAGAUAAUUAGUUGGAAGAAAGUUUUCAACAUGAGCUGUGCUUAAUUAAUAAUCUAUCAAAUAGAAAGUGGCUGCAAUGGAAUUGAGUUCCAUGGAAAUGUUUUAGAGUUCAUCAGUGACCACUACAAAUUAUAAAUAAAUAUUUAAUUUCCUUCA